AUGUGGUUGAUUUCUCGAAUCCUGAGAAGCCUCUGGUGCAGGUCUUCGGAUCCUGCGUACCCCGUCUUUCCUCCGCCGACGCCCGAAGAACUCCUUGCUCACUCCGAUGACCACCGCGAACGCGUCUCCCGACUCCGAUAUCGAACCCCCAAAGGCAAGGAAGACACGCCCUUAUUUUCGCUAUACCGAUUCUAUGAGCGGUUAGUUUUGAAUGAUAAUAUCGGCCUGCGGAACGAGAUAGAAUAUUUCUGGUACGCGAAGUGGCCAGUUGACUCAAUUCCUGAUCCGAAGGAUCCCUGUGCUUCACGUUAUGCAGUUCUUUCUGCUAUUCCAGCCUUGUUCGUUGAAGCAUUCAAUCAGCGUAUUGAGCUGGGUCUGCCACGGAAAGCAGAUCCCAUCAUGACGCGAGAAGAGAUAGAGCAGUACCAGAAGGAGGAAAUGAUCUUCGAAUCAGUCCCAGAUUGGACGAAGCACGUCGCACCGCUAGAAGAGACCUUGGUGAUCCCGCAUGAGAACGACGAGGUAAUUGAGUCGUUCGAAGACGUAAGGGCUAGUCCUCAGCUGGCGGCGAAGAAUAUUUUGCAUUGGCAACCACAUAUCCACUUCAUUUAG